CCCGGGAGCCCCCUGCCCCGGGGCGGGCGCGUGUGCGAGGAGCACCGCGGGGACCCCAGCCCUGCCCUCCGCCUCGGCGCCCCGACCCUCGUCUCGUGCGAGGAGCACGCGGUGCACCUUCCAGCACCUUCUAUGGGGCCGUGGCCGCGUCCUGAGGCUCCGCAGGACUCAGCUGCCCCCCACCCCCGCCCCGCUUGAGCCCGCCCUUGGGCCAUCGUGCACCUGCCGCGCGCUCCCCGGCGCGGCCGCCGCCAGCCCGAGGGUGCAGGGCUCCGGUGGGACGCGGACCCCGUCUCCCUGGGUGUGCGCCCACCCUGGGCGCUGGGUCACCGGGAGCUGCGCCCGCGGUGUGCGAGGCGCGAGUCAGCCAGGCGGACGGCCCGGACGGCCCGGACGGCCCGGAGCCCAGAGCGGGCGCCCUGCCCUCGGUCCGGAGCGGGAGGACCUGCUGGGGGCGCGGGGUGCAAGCGGCGCUUCCCUGCGCGCGGGCCCUGGAGCCCUGCUCGGGUCAGGCUCGGGUCAGGCGCCCGAAGUAACUAACCGGGUUGGUGCCUGAGCUGAGAAGGGAGGCCGCUUGCCUGGGCGCCCCCACCCCCCCCCCGCCGCGGGCCGACCCCCCGGAACCGGGACUUCCUGUGCGACAAAGUCGGCAACUAGUUAAAAGCGUUUGAAACCCUGCGAGGAUCUGAGAACUGGUGCCCGUGGGCGGCGGCUGCGGCCUCCGCUGUGUUCCCUGCGUUUUUACCGGGAAACACGUUCCUGAUCUUGCCCCGUGGGAAGCCAGAGCCGAGCCCCCGAGCCCCCGCGCCCACCGCGCACUAGCGCUUCUGUCUAGUAUUUACGCAUCAUCGCCCAGGAGGGCCCCCGGGAAAGUAACAGCAUCGCCUUCGCGCGAACGUUACAUGGAGCCUGGGUGGGCUCGCAGGACCCCGAGCUCCGGGCGGACCCCGGGGGCGGGGAGCCCGCGCGCCUCCCUGCGGGCCUCGCUCCGCCUCCGAGCAUCAUUGUAUCAUCAUUGUAUCACGGCCUUGAGUUCUGUGAAGUAACCUUCCUCCGGGUUGUUUCGAAAACUUAAUACAGUUGCCACCGGAGAGGCAGGAGCGGCAGGAGCUCGCUUGAGUGCAUUUUCGCCCCGUCUUGCUCUGGGUGGGCGCAGCUGCUGUAGGGAGGAUCCCGCCUUCUGCGGCGUGGAGGGGGCGUUCGUGGCCCCACGGAGCUCACCCAGUGGAAGCAGGGCUCCCUGCUGGCGAGAGCUAAACCGGUUCAAUGUUAUUUUGAGUACAAUAAAGAUCAACAAAUGUAUUGUUUUUAAAAGUUCUUUUUUUUAAAUUAGUAAUCUCUACAUCCUCCGUGGGGCUCAGACUCAAAAUCCUGAGACCGGGAGACGGGGCCAGCGGGGUGCCCCAGAAGUACGAUUUUACGGUAGACUUUGACUCAUGUUUGUUUAGAGGUUUUGGUUUUACCGCUUAGACCUAGGACACAGCAGCUCUACUUUAGGAACGGGCAGUGCGUCCGUCAGCGCCAGUGACUUCAUCGUGCAGCUUUCCUGGUUUAAGGCGUCUGAGCACAGGCUUAAGGUCCCUGGAGGCCCUGCCGUGGGACCUCAUGACAGAGGACCCGGUCUCUCGCCAUCAGCAUCUCCCGCCCAAUGGUGCGUGUUUGACCGAGGCAGAGUCUGCAGGCGUCGUAACUACCCGAAAUCUGGGGUUUGCGUCACAUUCUUCUCGGUGCUUAUGUUCUGUGAUGUCACAUGGGCACCAUCACGGCGUCCUGCGGCGGCUGUCACUGCCUCUCGCCCUCAGAGUUCCUGCAGCCGCUCAUCUGACCGUGUCCCUCGUGUCGCCUCCCCAGACUGGCUCCUCUUACUUAGUGGUGUGCAGUUAAGCUUCCUCCGUGUCUUUUUCUGUCUUUGUAGCCCGUUUGUCACUGUCCCUGGAUGAUGUUCCAUCGUGUGGAGCAUAAACACCCAUUUAUCUCCUCACCUGUUGAAGGACUCGGUUCCCGGUCUGCUUAGAGCUGCUCCGCCAGCCGAGCCGCCAGCCGAGCCCCGCCCCGGCCCUGGCACGCGGCACACCUGGCUGGCCUGGGCGCCUUGGAAGCCCUAGCAGACCACGAGUGCUUUUGCUUUCGAGCCGUCGAAUGCUCAUAAGAGGAAAACGGUUCAGUGUGUACUGGCCCAGAUCUGACUGUCCCAGGUACUCUGUCUCCGUCCCUGAUGGGACAGGUUUCCUCUCCCUUCUGGCGGAAGAACGUCCCCUCGUGCCUCCUUUGGAGCAGGUCUCCGUGUGACCAGUUCUACUUUUCCUUCCCCUGAGAACGUCUUUAUUUCUGUAGGACGUCUUCCCUCUCGAAUCCUGGGCGGACAGCUCUGUUCCCCCAGCACCUUCUGGAUGCUCCUGCCCCCUGGCCCGCUGGUUUCUGGCCAGGGCUCUGGGCCCCUUGGCUUCUUGUUGGGAAUGUGGUGUGUUCCGUUUGGCGGCUGCCUUUGAAAUGUUCUUACUUUCUCUUUGAUUUUCAGCAAUUUGUUAGGAUAUCUGGGCACGGAGCUGUUUGAGGUUUGCUGAGCGGCUUGAGUGUGUAAGUUUGUACCUUUCAUUAGAUUUGGGAAGUGCUCAGCUAUCAUUUCUUCGAAACACGCUUUUUUGUCUUCACACUGUCUUCGUCCCUCCUGGGACCCCAGGGACACAACCGUCCGCCUCUCUACCACGUUCACGCAGCCCUGCUCAUUUUGUUUGUGCACCUUUGUCUGUUGUUCAGUUUGGAUGACGCACUGGGCUGUGUUCAUUUCGUUGUUCUCCGUUCAUCUUCUCCCAUCUCUUUUCUGUUAUUGAGUCCUUUCAGUGAAUUUUUUAUUUUCAUACACACACAUUCUCAGAUUUCCAUUUGGCUGUAGGUCCUGUUCCUGUGCUGAGACUUUUUAUCUUUCCACUUGUUUCAAGACGUCUGGCUUUGUCCCUGAAGCAUGGUACACCAGCUGCUUUAAAGUCUCUGACGAUUCAUUUCAGAGUGGGCUUUUCUUGAUUUUUUUUUUUUUUCUUGAGAAUUGGCCAGACUUUCCUGCUUCUUUUUAUGUCAGAAAAGUUUGGAUUAUAUUCUGGGUGCUUUGAAUAUCGUAUUGUGAAGCUCUGGGUCUUGUUUAAAUCUCAGAGUGUAGACAUUUCUGUCCUAGCAGGAAGGCAGCCUGGUUAGGCUCAGGCCGCAGGUUUGGAGCUCCUGCCAUGGGCAUGGUCAUUACGUCAACUCCGUCUUCAGAGCCCGUGUGGUGCUCUUUGGAACUGACCAGUAGGGUGAGUUCUCCAAACCUUUGGUUUGCCAUUUAGGGUCUGGACCCCCACAGACAGUUCUGGGGUGACCCAGGCACCCUUUCCAUACCUCCCUGCUCUGCACAGUCUCCGCCAUAUUCUCUGACCCCGGGGCCCCCUUUCUCUGGCUAGAAACCUUGGUGUUCGUGUGUCCUCUGUGCCGUGACACCUCAGCACAAGGUCUGCCUCGGGUGAGUGUCAACUGGAGGGCAAUGGGAUCCGCCAGUCGGUGGACCUGUGUGCCUCUAGUCCCUCAGAGUUCUAGGUGCCUGCUGGGCCCCUGCCGUCACAGGGAUUUAGCAGGGACCGAGGCUUGCUAGAAGGCAGAGCCAGUAAAAGCAAAAAUAAUAAUAAAAGGGUGUUUCCUCCUCUUCUGUCUGGUGUGGGUUUCCCUUCCAGCUCUGCAGACCGGAGCCUGUACUCGUCUCCAUAUGCUUACUGUGCACGGUCCUGCAAUGCGGGCUGCCUCUGCGUGGAGGCCAGGGGACUCGCCUCCGGAGGAGUCUGCUUGGGUCCUGGGGUCCUGCUCUGUCCCUGCUACGUGACCACUGAGUUUUGGGCCCACGUGCAGCAGCUCUGUGUUUCACUUGGGGGUUUUAGCUCUUCUAGUGGCAAAGAUGUGUGGGCUGUACUUAUUCCAUCUUCACCAGAACCAGCAGCCCCGGGAUAGUCCUCUGUCAUUUGUGUCAGGAGGGAGCAGGCUCGGACUGAAGGGCGGGCCUGGGAGGUACAGAGUCGCAGGUGCCGGGAGCUCUGUUGUGCCUACCAGAGGCUCGCUGAGACUCUGCGCCCUGCCUUGUGGUCUCUCUAGGGCUUGGGACCCUGGCGGAGUGACACUCCUGGUUCCGGUGUCGUCUUUGCUGAGCCAUGGCAACCCCGGAUGUGAGUGUCCACAUGGAGGAGGUGGUGGUGGUGACCACGCCAGACACUGCAGUGGACGGGAGCGGCGUGGAGGAGGUGAAGACUGUGCUGGUGACGACCAACCUGGCUCCUCACGGGGGCGAGCUGGCGGAGGACAGCAUGGAGACUGAAAAUGCGGCUGCGGCAGCGGCGGCCGCGUUCACGGCGUCCUCGCAGCUCAAGGAGGCUGUGUUAGUGAAGGUGGCUGAAGAAGAGGAGAGCCUGGAGGCUGAAAUCGUGUAUCCCAUUACCUGCGGAGACAGCAGAGCCAACCUGAUUUGGAGGAAGUUUGUGUGCCCGGGCAUCAAUGUGAAGUGUGUUCAGUAUGACGAGCAUGUGAUCAGCCCAAAGGAGUUUGUGCACCUGGCUGGCAAGUCCACCCUGAAGGACUGGAAGAGGGCCAUCCGGAUGAACGGCAUCAUGCUCAGGAAGAUCAUGGACUCUGGGGAGCUGGACUUCUAUCAGCACGACAAGGUCUGCUCCAACACCUGCCGCAGCACCAAGAUCGAUCUCUCAGGCGCCCGCGUGUCUCUGAGCAGCCCCACCUCGGCCGAGUACAUUCCCCUCACACCUGCCACGGCUGAUGUGAACGGGUCUCCCGCCACCAUCACCAUAGAGACCUGUGAGGAUCCUGGCGACUGGACCACGGCCAUCGGAGAUGACACGUUCUCCUUCUGGCGAGGCCUCAAGGACGCAGGCCUGCUGGACGAGGUCAUACAGGAGUUCCACCAGGAGCUGAUGGAGACCAUGAAAGGCCUGCAGCAGCGGGUCCAGGACCCCCCGCUGCAGCUCCGAGAUGCCGUCCUCCUCAACAACAUCGUGCAGAACUUCGGCAUGCUGGACUUGGUGAAGAAGGUGCUGGCCAGCCACAAGUGCCAGAUGGACCGCUCUCGGGAGCAGUACGCCCGAGACCUGGCAGCCCUAGAGCAGCAGUGUGACGAGCACCGCCGUCGGGCCAAGGAACUCAAGCACAAAUCUCAGCACCUCAGCAACGUGCUCAUGACGCUGACCCCCGUCUCCCUGCCACCCCCCACGAAGCGGCCCCGGCUGGCAAGGGCCACGUCAGGGCCGGCUGCCAUCGCUUCGCAGGUGCUCACCCAGUCUGCCCAGAUCGCCCUCAGCCCCGGCGUGCCUGUCUCCCAGCUGACUGGCGUGCCGCUCGGCAAAGUGGUGUCCACCCUGCCAUCCCCCGUGCUGGGCAAGGGACCCCCCCAGGCUGCUUCCGCCAGCUCUCCGGCCUCGCCCCUGCUCGGGGGCUACACAGUGUUGGCCUCAUCGGGCACCACCUUCCCUAGCACCGUGGAGAUCCACCCGGACGCGUCCAGCCUCACGGUCCUGAGCACAGCCGCCAUGCAGGACGGCAGCACUGUGGUCAAGGUGGUGAGCCCCCUGCAGCUGCUCACCUUGCCGGGCCUGGGCCCCACCCUGCAGAACGUGGCCCAGGUGUCACCUGGGGGUAGCACCAUCGUGACAGUGCCCACGGGGGCCGUCGAGAGCGCCGUGGCCGCCUCGGGGCCCGAGGAGCACACAGCCACCAUUGAGGUGGCCGCCAUGGCGGAGGGCCACGAGCACAAGUAGACGCUGGUGGAGGGCGAGGCCCCUCAUGGGCACAGGGCUGGCCGCCUCUCCUCAAGCCCCGGCCGGCCGGGAGCACGGCACCGCCGCCCCGCGGGUCACGUCGGGCUGAACCAAAGAGAGGGAACACCAAACAGACGGAAGAGAAAGGGAUCGCCAGCGACAGGCCUGUGCGGUCAGCCUCCCCCUCGAACUUCCUCCCCCUUUUCUUAGGAAAUACAUUCUUCCAUCUGUGCUUAUUGAUACUGUUUACACGUUGGGCCUGAUGAGGAGCCAGGCAGCGAGGACGAGGAGGCACCGCCGGGGAGCAGGGCGCGGACCCCGUGGAUGCGAGGGGCCCCCGGGGGAGGGGGUAUCACGAACACAAGUCUUGGGAACCGUCCCCAAGUGUGGAAACCCAUGGAUCCUAUGGAUUUGGUUUCUUCCCACAGUUUUCUGUAGGUUUAGCGGGUCCCGGCACCCUGAUCUCCCGUCUCUGGAGCGGGCGCCGUGCUGCUGCAGGUCCACACGCGGCCCUGGGCAGGGGCGCCUGGGCACCCAGGGCUGGAGUGCCACUCCCAGGGCACCCGCCUGAGCAGAGGGCCCAGAGGCCCCAGCAGCUGAGUUUGCCGUCUGCCCACCUCCCUCCGCCCUGCAGGCGCUCGGGCCCCCGGGGGGGCCCCUGCACACGCGCAGUGGGUGUUUUUAAGUGAAUUAUUAGUAGGCUUCUAGGAAGAGUCAGAUUUCUAGCAUUUUCAUCCUAAGCAAUGCUGAGUGCCUAGGCUACCUGCAUCGCUCUGGGCUCCAGAGUGCUCAGUACGAGGCAGCUGUGGGUGUGCGGCCCCGGGGCGACUGCGCUGGUGGUUCCUGCUGCUCCGGCGGUGAGCACUCGCCUGGCGGGCCGCCCGGAGGAGGGUGGCGGUGACGGUGGUGUGCCCCUGCGGCUUUUGUUCCGGGGGUGCGGGUGCGAACACAGCAAGACAGGAACCGAGGAGGGUCCGCGUGGGGCGAGGUGCUCCCACCUUUGGGGAGCUCGUCAUCCACCCCGUGCUCAGCCUGCUGGCGGGGCCGCCGUGACAGCUCUAGCCCCUGGCCCUCCGGGACCCCCACCCAGGAGUGGAGGUGCACCCUGCUGGCUGGCACUGGUGCCCGAGGGCGUGUGGGGUGGCAGUCGGGUGGUCUGGACCAGGGUCUGUCACUGCGGGGCCACCCGGGGGCCGUGCUCAGGUCUGCUUGUGGACCCAGGAGGAAGAGCAGCAGGGGUCCCAGGGCCCGCCCGAGCCCUUGAGUGGACGUCCCCGCGGCCACGCUUCCCCCGGCGGCCAGUUCAGUUGCCUGCGGAAGACCCUUCUCUGCCGGAAGGGGACGGGGCUCCAGCGCAGCCACUGCCCUACUUUGUGCUUCGAAGGGAACUGGUCGUCUGUCUGUCCUUCCUUCCCAGGUGCCCCACACCUCCCCGAGUCUCCCAGGCGCUCCUUCCUGUUUUCUUUCUGUCACAUACUUGUUUGCUGUGGUCACGGGUCAGCUGGUUUCAGCACGGUGUUUACCUGCUGCUUACGGAGUCCCGAUGCCUGUGGCAGUGUGACCGCGGGGUGGGCGCGUCCUGUCCUGUCCUGUGCGUCUGCACCAGCUCGGGCAGUGCGAGAAAGCACAUCUUGCCCUUGGGGCCUUUGUCAAAGUCAGACAAGCGGCCCCUUUGAAGCCGCCGCCCCCGCCGGCAGUCAGACCGCAGGGCUGGAGGGAAGUGCACAUCCGAGCCAUAGCACGGAAGCCCGCAGCUUCAGAAAUAACUGCAGCCCCUCCCUCCACCUGGGCGGGGGGCGGGGGGACACCUGUGCCUGGCAGGGCCCCGAGCCCCGGCUGUCGGGGGGCCGCGGGGGCCGCCUGCACCCCUCCAGUCCCCGGGCGGGACCGCGGGCUGCUUCUGGGGAGCAGGACUGGACUUGGUUUCUCUCACGGCUGCCGGCCCAGAGGCAGCCUGGGGAAGGGAAGCAUCCGGGUUCUACUUUGUAUGUUUUGCAAGUAUCUGCUUGGUACUUUGAUUUACAGUAAAAACAUUUUUCGUAA